AUGAGCUCUACUCAAGAGAAAAACGAUCUUGAACAGGCUUCUCACUCAACAAAUGAACGACCCGACUACCACAUUAUCUCGCGUUUCUUUAUACCUUCAGAGUUCAAUCUCACCUCUACUUUGGAACUACUGCUAUCAUAUCAAACGGUUCUGCAAGCCGAUAUCAACCUAGCCCGGCUUUUUGAAUUUCCGCUCGCUAGCGAUCAUAAAGCCGCCGGCCUUGCUUCACUUUUCACCUCAACUGAGCCAUGCGUGUUGGGAAUCGAAGAGAUAAGUGACGCUUCUAUAAGUUGGGCAGAUGUCGUAAGAUCUCCCUUAUAUGACGCCGAGCUACAGGGAAAUGGCACAUACCAUGUUCGGAUUCAGAAAGGAAACGCGCUGCUGGAGUUGUCGAAAGUGGACCACGACUUCAUUGGUACGAAAAUUCCUCGGCAGCUUGUAGAUCCCCACUCAUACUUGAGCGAUUUGGUAUCAGAGAUCACUGCCACCCAGUCCACAUUCGAGCACAUUACGAGCUGGCAGGAGAUAAUUGUCCAAUUGUCUAUCGCAGCCAAAGACCUUCUUGCAAACCUUACGGAAAGAGUUGAAAUCCUUAAAGAAAAACACAGUGCCUUGGAGGCCCAUACCGGCAAUCAAAAGGACGCAGGCGUCAAGAUCUGGGGCCAUGAUACAUAUGGAUACAUCUACAGCGAUGAGAUCAAUGCUGCCUUCUCGUCUUUCUUGGACUACCCCGUCGCACUAGUCUACAAGGGUCCAGAGCCCCGCGUAGUUCAAGGCAACGGCUCACCAGACCGUGUAGGUCGUGUGCAAACGAUCAAUUUCCCAGACGAGUUUCCCGUACUCAUUGCCUCGGAUGCGCCGCUCAAAGAGUUGAACACACGCUUAAUCAGUAAUGGUGUGGAUCCAAUUACCAUCGAGCGCUUUAGGCCUAAUAUCAUCGUACGUGGUGAAAAGCCAUGGAUUGAAGACCUAUGGAAACUGGUGCGGAUUAAAGCUACCCCUUCGAAAGAUUGGUGCGAUGAUGCUCCACAGGAGGUAGAACAGGAACCUCUGUUCAUGGAUAUCGUGACACGGUGUGGAAGGUGUCAGGUUCCAAAUGUUGAUCCGGAUUCGGCGGUUAAGCAUAAGAAGCAGCCGUGGGAUACGCUUGUUUCGUAUCGGAGGGUUGACGCUGGGCUUAAGUAUAAGCCUUGUUUUGGGAUGAUGGGUAUGCCGCGCAAGGAAGGAGUUGUUGAGGUUGGGAUGCGUUUUGAGGUUUUGGAGGAGACUACUGAGCAUCGGUAUAUUAUGUAG